AUGAACGAGGUGAGCGUCUCGAAUUCGACCGUCGGAGAACCAGGCGAUUUUGACGACUCCGUGUCUCCUUACAACGGCACAACAGUGACAUCUGGCGGCACUCGCUCAACAUCGAUGACACAUGACACCAACGACGAGUCUCAUACUCCAUCUGGUAUCGAGCCCAUGAAGAAGGGCAGGGGAAGAGGCCGAGUCACUGAGAUGCCUCUCCGUCGUUCUAACAGGAAUAAAGAAUCUAAUGGUGGAGAGUCUGCUCCUAUGCAAUUAGAAGAGGAUCAACAUAAUCGUGUGCAUCCUUCCAAUAUCACGCCGAACAUUGGAAGCGAAGGUCAGCAAGCACAAGAGAGGACGAAGGAAGAGCAGGAAGAGGAGGCGGUCAAAAGCCAGAUUCAAAGAGAAUGUCUAGAGACGCUCCCAAAAUCUAAGCGCAAGAAAAAUCCUCGGGUACAAGGUGUGGAGGGUAAUGGUAGCUGGUUUUGA